CCGCCGUCCUCGCAGUCGCUGAGGUGGGGCUCGGGGGCGGUAGACACUGAAGCAAAGUGCUUGGGGAAGUGGUACGAUGAUUUGUCUCCAGAGGUGAAGAUCGACGUUAUCGGCAGUUGAGUAUUUUCGUUAUCUGCAAAUAAUUUUGGCCAGGUGGCAAGUGUAUGAACUGUGGAGUAAGAAGAACCUGCUUCUGCCUCUGACUUGGGUUCUAGUCUAUAGGAAUAAGACAUUAUCAGUACUGGAAGAAGGAGGAGGUCUCAGGCUUAGGAGAUCAUCAUUUCUGGCAGCAGCCUGACCUGAGAUAUCUGACCAUAACUUCCAGGCAGGCCGGGAGCAGACAGAAGACAGAGCAUACCCUGCAGUUGCUAGCCCUUUCUUCAGAACAGAAGAACAUGACCAAGGCCCGGGCGUCAUUAUCAUUUGAGGACGUGGCUGUGGGCUUCUCCUGGGAGGAAUGGCAGUUACUGGCUCCAUCUCAGAAGGACCUGUACCGGGAAGUGAUGUUGGAGAACUAUAGGAACCUGGUGUCAGUGGGUUAUCAAGCUAGCAAACCAGAUUCACUCUUCCAUUUGGAGCAAGGAGAACCACCAUGGACGGUAGUGGGAGCAGCUCAGAGUCAAACCUGUCAAGAAGAAAUAUGGGAGAUUGACCAUAUGCAGUGGCACCCAGAAAACCAAAACGAGAGUAAAACUUUGGAAAGAUAUCAGCAAAGUUAUGCACUUGGAAACAAUUUCGAUUUAUGCAAAAGUCUUGUUCCUUUAACACAAAGACACAAUAAGUUUGGCUCACAUUGUAGAAGUUUGAAAUCACAUUUAGGUUUUGUUAUCCAGAAUAGAAGAUACGCAGGAGAGGAUUCUGAUGAGGUUAGUGGAUGCGGGAAAUCAUCAGUCUACAUCCAGCAGGAUACAAUUCUUACUGGACUUAAAUGCCUUGGAUGCAUUAAACCCAGUAGCACUAAAUCACAGCUCAAUGAACAUCAAAAAAUUUACACAGAAGAGAAGCCACAUGAAUGCAGUGAGUGUGGGAAAGCCUUCUCCAGGAAGGCACAACUCAUUAGGCAUCAGAGAACUGAAAGAGGAGAGAAGCCGCACGGAUGCAAUGAAUGUGGGAAAACAUUCAUGAGGAAGAUUCAGCUCACUGAACACCAGAGAACUCAUACUGGAGAGAAGCCCCAUGAAUGUAAUGAAUGCGGAAAAGCCUUCUCCAGAAAGUCACAGCUUAUGGUACAUCAGAGAACUCAUACAGGAGAGAAACCCUAUGGAUGCAGUGAAUGUGGCAAAGCCUUCAGCCGGAAGUGCCGGCUCAAUAGACAUCAGCGAUCUCACACAGGAGAAAAACUCUAUGGAUGCGGUGUGUGUGGGAAAGCCUUCUCCCAGAAGGCAUACCUCCUUGCACAUCAGAGACUUCACACAGGAGAGAAGCCUUAUAAAUGCAGUGAAUGUGGAAGAACUUUCUUUUUUAAGUCGGACCUGACCAAGCAUCAGAGAAUUCAUACGGGAGAGAAACCUUACGAAUGCAGUGACUGCGAAAAAGCCUUCAGGAGCAAGUCAAAGCUUAUUCAGCAUCAGCGAACUCAUACCGGAGAGAGACCAUAUGCAUGCAGUGAAUGUGGCAAAGCCUUUGCCCACAUGUCAGUUCUCAUUAAACAUAAGAAAACUCAUACAAGAGAGAAAGCUAUAAAUUCACUGAAGGUGGAGAAACCUUCCUCAGGGAGUCAUAGCUCUUUAUACAUGAGUGAACUUGCACGAGAGCAAAGCGAGAUGAACACAGUGCCUGUGGAAAUACCUUCUUUGGGAACUCAACCCUUGUUAAACCUCAGUGAGUUCCUCGGGGGUAGAAAUGUAGUGUUUGUGGAACAGCCUUUUCUAAGAAGUCAGGCCUCAGUAGAUAAUAGGGAAUUUGCACAGGGAAUAAGUCUUGCAAAUGCAGUGAAUGUGGCAACACCUUCGGUAAUAAAUUAUGUCUUAUAUGUUACAGACAUUGUGUAGGAAAGAAAGUCUCUGGUACCAGAAUGUAUCUGAUACCAGAAAAGCCUUUAGCAAGAAUCCUCCACACAUUAUAUGUCAGAGCUCAUUUUUUUUUUUUUAAAGGUUUUAUUUAUUUAUUCA